AUGGACCACACUCACAACUCGCCCCACGACGACCCGCCAGUGUCGUUUCUGGACGAGUCAUACACGCGGCAACUGCUGUACGGGCCGUCGGCAAUCUCUUAUCCGGAGAUUGACCCCAACCGAGACGCGCGAGUGCUGCUGCUAUGCGACUCGCCGCUGACGGACUUUGUGCUCUACGACUCGCACAACCAGCCCCACGACAAGUCGCCGUCGUUCAACCUACGAGCCAUCCCUAACGAUGGCCAUUUCCAGGACUCCAUCGUCACCUUGAACCUGCUCAAGGACCUGGCGUUUGGAUCCACGCCCAUGCGGUUUGCGGGCAUCGUCACCAAGCAUCAUCCCAUUCCGCAGCCCCAGCAUCUGGACCGAACCACCGUGGCCGUCACCAAGCUGUUCAAGGUGGCCAUCACUCCCAACGUGUCGUACCCUUGCGCACUGGUGGUGUUCAUUUCGGUCCCCAACAAACGGCGCAACCUGCUGCCAGCGCACUGGCAGCAUCUCUCGCGCGACAUUGCCGAGCUCAGACUGUUGCUGUCCAAUAAACUGAGCGACUUUCUGCCAACCUUCAUGCGCGAGAAACGCCCUACUAACGAACAUAGUUCGAGUCUGGCCCACGCUGCCAGAGCCUACUUUUCCUCCGACGAAAUCAUCAAGUCCGCUGUCAACUGCUUCCGCAUUUCGUUUGUGUCCCGACUCCGUAUCCCUCGCGUAGUCUGUGGCCAAAAGAAGGACGUGGCCGAGGAGCUCAAAUGGGCCCGGCAGCAGUACGACCCCGGCUUUGUCAACCAGAUUCUCGCCGAGUACAGCCGUCUGCGUCACUCCAACGACGAGAGCACGCUGACUAACCGGGCCGUGGUAGUCUCCUCAGACAAAAUUGCCGCCCGACGCAUUGUCUACCUUCUCGCCAGCACCAUGCCCGGCAUUGGUUCUUCUAUGGAGAAGUGUGGCCAGUGCCAUUUCCAUCAGGUGCUAGAGACAGACCCGUCUCUGGCGUCUACACAAGAGGACAUUACUCUGACGACUGUAGCCCCUCCCAUGGAGGAGGUCCAGCCUGUUCGUCCUCCUUCCAUCAACUCCGUCACCGAGGGUCUGACAGGCUGGGAGAUUCCCCAGAGAGCACGGGCUGUGUCCUCGAACCAGCAGUGUGUGAUGCCUCACGUUGUGCGGCCCUCGUUCUCCUCGUCUUCCCUGUCGUCAUCUCUUUCGCAUUCUCUGUCGCGGUCCAAGAGCCAGAGCCAGGUGCCAUUCUUCGAUGGUCUCAAGCGGUCGCUGACGUCCCAGGGCUCCAUGACCUCGCUCUUUUCGCUGUGGAGUCCAACUGCCGGCAGUGGCGGCGCUAGCAGCAUCCCCACCAGCAACAAUGCUGCCUACCUUCGGUCUCUGUCGCACUCGCAAGAGUCGCCGACGUCAAAAUUUUCGUCGUCGUUUGCGCGGUCGUCGGUGACGUCUCUGGAUGACUUUUCCGAGCAUCUAGACCUCGACAGCGAGCUGGAGGAGCGCACUCCCACAGCUGUGAUUUGUCAUGAGCAUAGUGAGGUCAAGUUUUCGGUUGAGACCAGUCAGACAGACGAUUCCGUUAUCGACGUGAACUUUUCCAACGUCGAGGCGCUCUUCUGGGAUAAGGACCAGCACGAGACUUCGAUGGAAUGUGAGAAGGACGACAGCGAGUCUAGUUUGGAUCCCGACAUGGUGUCCAUUGACAAGACUUCGUUCAAAGUGCUUCCUCCGGUGGCCGGCUACCUGCCCGAUUUGCAUCCGGAUUUCAGUGUUCAGGCGGUUCCCUACUGCCGAGGAUUUGAGGAGAAACUCAAGUCUGCGAUGCUGCGAGACGAUCUUCCUGGCGAGACCCUGAUUGUGGACCUGGACAAUGUUGUGUGUCACCAACUGUGGCUGGUGCGCAGUGAGGACGAGACGGAAAUGUGGAAGUUUGGCAACAAGAAGCUUGGUCCUGGAAAGCCUGAUUUCGACUUGACCAGCGUGUUUGAGGGUGCCGACGAGGACGACAGUGAUAUUGUGUUGGAAUAA